AUGAAACUCCUGAAACUUUUCUUUUUCUUUUUGAUCCUCCGACAAUCCCUGGCUGAUGUGGUGUCCCCAACCCUGGACAGCACUGCCCCACCGCCACGGAUCAAUGGUGGACAGUUGGUGAACGAGACGGUGCCCUUUCAGGUCUCCCUCCAGCUGCACCGGCGAGGACGCUGGCAGCACUUCUGCGGCGGCUCCAUCGUUAGUGCCCAGCACGUCCUGACGGCGGCCCAUUGCAUGGAGAAGAUGAAGGUGGAGGACGUCAGUGUGGUGAUUGGAACGCUCAAUUGGAAGUCUGGUGGGCUGCGCCACCGUGUCCUGACCAAGCACGUGCAUCCGCAGUACUCGAUGAGUCCAAGGAUAAUCAACGACAUUGCUCUGGUCAGGGUAACACCGCCAUUCCGGCUAGAGAGAUCCAACAUAGCCACAAUUCACCUUGGUGGCUCUGAUCGCAUUGGCGAAAAGGUACCUGUCCGCCUCACUGGUUGGGGCUCCACCACGUCGUCCACUUCCUCGGACACUCUGCCGGACCAGCUGCAGGCCCUUAACUAUCGCACCAUAUCCAACGAGGAGUGCAACCAGAAGGGAUUUCGCGUGACUCGCAACGAGAUCUGCGCCCUGGCUGUCCACGGUCAAGGAGCAUGUGUGGGCGACUCCGGUGGACCUCUGAUCAAGGCCGGUCCUCAUCCGCAACUGGUGGGCAUUGUUUCAUACGGCUCCUCCACCUGUGCCCAGGGCAGGCCGGACGUGUAUACAAGGGUCUCCAGUUUUCUGGCCUACAUAGGCCAGGUGAUCAACCAGGACCUGGCCCAAUAA